GCAGCGGCUGGGCGAGCGGGGGUUAGCGGUAGGACAGCAGGAGGGCCCCGGGCUGGAGUCUUUUCGCGGUCCGACGCCGAUGUUUAUCAAACCUCAGCCUUGAAGCCCCUCCUGGCUUGGGGCCAGCCGCUGAUGGGUCCGGUUGCGGGGAGGCGCCUGCAGGGAGUCUGUGCUUAUCGGAAACGUAACAAAUGAAAACCAUAGAUAACCGCGGUGCUGAAAGGAGAGAGGGCAGAAAGCUGUGUGCUGGGAUAGUGCUGGGGUAGUGUGACCGAGAGUCACCCCUGCUUCGAGAUCAGGAGCACUGAUGGCUGUUUACACACGUGACACUUCAUCAUUUUGAGCUAAUUGUCACUGUGGCAAUGCAGGCAUUUAGUAUCUGGAUUUUCAAGAAUGUCAGUGGCCGCUUAUUGCAUAUUUUGCUGUAGACAAAUAGGAACUUCUGGGCCAGCAACCAAAAAACACCUACCUUGGAAUGAUAUGAGAAAAAUUGCAAAAGUAACUGGAUCUCUUAUACUAGGAGGUUUUGUAUUCAUUACAUACGAAGUUUUGUCCUUAAAGAAGUUACUGCAAAUCGAUACUCAAGCUAUACAUCAAGAAAAACUUAAAUCCCAUGUGUAUAUACGUACAUCUUCUCUAAAUCCAAAUGAAUAUCAAGGGAUCACGUACCAAGCCAGAAAAGAAAUCCAUAGGGCAGUAAGGAAAAUUCUCGAAACAGAAGCUAAAAUUUUCCGGAGACCUCUUAAUGAACACUUCAGUACAUUCGAUGGAGAAGAUCAUGAAUGUGCCUUAUGGCUCCUCUUGAAAAGGACUCAGUCAGAAGACAAAGAGGUCCGACUGCAGGCUGUGCAAGAUCUGGCACAGAACACUCACUGGCAUGAUUAUCAAUACAGUACAGUUGCCCAAACCUGUGAUCAAAGGACUGCUAUAGGUUUGGCUCGAUCCAAAGAUAUCGACCUUCGCUUUUUCCUGCCUCCACCAUCAUUGCCAAAAAUGAAAAAUGAUUGUCUCAUAGAAGACGAACUUCGCUUACUGUUAGUUUCUUUACCUCAGACUGGCCUUGAUCCAUGUGUCCAGUACUUCACAUCUCUUGCUUUACGUGAAAGUAGUCAGACUCUUGCUGCACAAAGGGGAGGCUUAUGGUGUUUUGGGGGAAACGGACUUCCAUAUUGCGAGACACUGGGUAAAGUUCCUUCAGAGACAGUAGAACUCUUUUGCUUGCAAGCUUUAGUGCAGCAUUCUAAGGUUUCAUCGCACUGUGAUAAAAUUGAAGCUCUAGGUGGCCUUCAGCUGCUGCAGAGGAUAUACCAGCUACGUAAAGAUUCUGCAAAGAUACAAAGAAACAUAAUUCGCAUUAUUGGAAAUAUGGCUUUGGAUGAACGUCUUCAUUCAUCCAUAGUACGUGCAGGUAAAAGGAAAGCAAGUGCAAGCAGCCCGAGUGCCAGACUGCCAGUUCUAUAUCCUAAAUUUUUCACUGGAUUCAGUGCUAUUGUAAAAUGUUGGGUUUCUGUACUUGCUGAAGUAAUGAAAUCCCCGCACAUCAUUCAGUCUUCUCAUGCAUCCAGAGCUUUGGCUAACCUAGACAGGGACACGGUGCAAGAAAAGUAUCCGGAUGGUGUUUAUGUCUUACAUCCACAAUAUCGUAGCAGUCAGCCCGUCCGAGCAGACAUCCUUUUUGUUCACGGUCUUCUGGGAGCAGCAUUUAAAACCUGGCGACAGCAAGACAUUGACCAGCCUUUGGAUAAAAAGGCUUCAGAAGUGCAAGAGGAAUACAGCCAGUGCUGGCCGAAGACAUGGCUGGCUUCAGACUGUCCUGCCCUUAGAAUCAUAUCUGUGGAAUAUGACACCCGUUUGAGUGACUGGAAGGCAAAAUGUCCUGUCGAGCCUCACAGGACAUCUAUUGCCUACAGGAGCAAUGAGCUUCUGGAGAAGCUCAGAGCUGCUGGGAUUGGAGAGAGACCCUUAGUGUGGGUGUCACACAGCAUGGGUGGACUUCUAGUGAAAAAGAUGCUGGUGGAUGCUUCCAAGAAUCCAGAAAUGGAUAAAAUUGUAAACAACACAAGAGGGAUCAUAUUUUAUAGUGUACCUCACCAUGGCUCCCAGCUGGCUGAAUAUUCUAUAAGUGCCAGAUAUCUUCUCUUUCCUUCUGUGGAAGUUAAAGAACUCAGCAAGGAUUCUCCUGCCCUUAAAGUGCUGAAUGAUGACUUCUUGUCUUUUGCCAAAGAUAAGAAAUUUCCAGUGCUGAGUUUUGCAGAAACCUUGCCAACGCAUAUAGGCAGCAUGUUAAAACUGCAUGUCGUACCUCUGGAAUCAGCAAAGUUAGGUAUUGGAGAACUUAUUCCAGUGGAUGUAAAUCAUCUUAAUAUUUGUAAGCCAAAGAAGAAGGAUGCUUUCCUGUACCAGCGUACAUUGAAGUUCAUUCAGGAUGUUUUAGCCACUGACCUUGGGGAAUGAGGUUUUUGUCAUCCUUGUCUACUUCUAUUUGGUGUAACACAGUAAGUUCUCCUAAGGUUUGUUAGAGGAUCUGCAAAACUACCAAGAUACUAUGUAUGUCAAUAGUAUCUACUGCUAAAACAACCUUUGGUACAUCUUGACCUUAGAGACCUCACUAACUUAUUUCUGAAAUCUGUUCAAAACAAAUACAAACUGAAACAUACUGGUACAAACUUCACAAAAUGAAAAUGUGUGUUGGCUUAGAGUAACUAUGAUCUGUUGGCAAAAUGCAUGCAGAUUCUCCAGCAAUCUGGCUAAGAAUGGAUGGAGAUAUCCUUCUAGAGUAACACAGCUAGUGUAUGGAGAGUGCCCAGUGCAUCUCCUUUUAGCCAAGAAAGGUUGCUCUGAAGGUAGAUGAUCUCAGUAAAGAUUAGUGUGCAUCUGGGACUUAGUCUCGUGAUGAGGGUGAGAAACAAUUGAGAUGGUUAUUUGUUAUGUCAAAGGUGGGAAGAAGCAUGUGGUUGCCUUAAAGCUUUUGUUUACUGUCCAUGUUUAGUAUGAGAGAAGUUUCAGAAAAUUCACGAGUGAAGGCACCAUUUUGGUUAGUGGCCCAAUUAUGGAAAUUUUUGUAAUUGUUCUUUUUGUUUAACCCAGAUUUGUUAGCAAAGACAGCAUCUGGUUUUGGUCUGAGAAAGAGAUAAAAGCUUCAGUAAUUGCUGGAGGUUGUCUUAUAUAGACAACUGUAGCUGAUUUAAUCAAUUUGUAUAAAGGAGAAGAAAAAAACUUAGAAAAAAACAAAUGUUUACAUUCAUGUACAUUUCUCUUUUAAUCUUAGCAAUUUAUGAGAUUACUUUCUGUAAGACAGCGUGUAUCCAGUCAGACUGAGGGGAGUUCUGUGCUUGGUCAUGUGGAAGGUACAGAACGGAAGCCAGGAUGUUUUUCUUGAAAGGCUCAUGGGAUGUACUCAAUAGGUGUCCCCAGCUCACAUUACUCAUUUAGAAGAUCUUCAGCUGAUUUAAGAAGAGCACUGAAAAAGCUCUCAUGGGGUAAGACAGCUGCAGACCCCGACAAAGAAGGUGAUGCUUGGAGUUUGGAACUCAGGUUGAGGGAAAAUGAAAACAGGGGAAAAAAAAGUUGGGUGAUUAUAAGGUCCUGGUAGAAAUGCAGAGGGUCUCAGGUGUUUGGCUUCUCGAAGCCCAAAUGUAUUUUUGGUGUAGAUACAGAGAAAGACAAAAGCAUUGUCUUAUUUGAGUUUGUUCAUGUUAAGAAUACCUUAACAGCACUGACGAGAAAUAAUUAUUUUUAGAAAAAAAUGGCAGCACUCAGUCACUUUUUUUUAGAGUCCUAGGUAGUUUGCAACAUAGUAAGAGAAGCCCAGUCUAACUGCUGCCUCUUUACUUUCUUCCUUUCCACCCCCACCUCCCUCUGAAGACAAACACAGGCUAUGAUUAGGCUGUGUUCUCUGGCUGACAGUUUAAGUAAGGCCUGUACUGACAACAGGCAGAAGAUGUCUCUUAGCAUCACUCGUGUGAUAUGGAUCUAAUCUUAAUGGCCUUGGAAUUAUGGCUCUAAAAGCUACCAGAGAGAUGUGGGGCAGUCCUCUGUGGGCUUGGUGCGGGUGUCAGAUUCCAGUGCUGUCCUGCCAGGUUCUUAGGCAGCUGUUUCUAUUACAGAGCACUCUAGCCCAAGAGAACACUGCAUCUAAAAUAACAUUUUUUGGAAGUUGAGUCUUGACCUGCUGAAGUUGCUUGGUAAAAUUCACAACCCGCAACAGUACAGAGAAUGUGCAGCACUGCACUCACAAAAGAGCAUUUUUCCUUGUAAGCAAGGUAUAGGAAAGAACACUGGAUGGCAGUAUUCCAGAUAGAAAAUGUAACGGAAUUGUCGUAACUACUAAAGAGGUUUAUCAUGUUUAAACCGUGGUUUAAACUUUAGAGUGUAAAUAUAUUAGAACACUUUCUACUCACAAAGUUGAGGGUACGUCCAUCCCAUUGCCAGGAGACAACUUCUGAUAACUGACUGUGCUUGGUGUGACAGACCUUGUAGUGAUUUUAAUGGACUUCUUUGGCUUAAAGGGAUUCAGAUCAUUGAUGUUACACAUUAAUCUUGUUCAGUAAUGCAUCUGUGCUUUGUUACUGUAACUGGAACUCACAAGACAACUUUCUCCUUUUUAUUAUUGUAUGUAUAUAUGUGUAACUUCUAAAACUAAUAUGUUCAGUUGUACUUUUUUGGGAAUAUAGUAAUGAAAUGUGUUUUUAAAAAGGCAUUAAAUAUGCCACAAAAUAUAUUAAAGGAGAUCUAUUGUAAAAAGAA